AUGUCUAUGCAAGUAGAUGGCGACAAGCACGCUUGCCUAAGGGAGAUCCAUGCUUCUAUCCUAAGGAAGCAUUUACAUCGACUGGAGCAUCCUGGUGCUGUUGAACAGGAUGUGGAAUCUGAGAAAGAAGAUGAUAAUAAACUGGAGGAUGAGAUGCAUGAGGAUGAAGAUGAUCAGCGAUAUUCGCCUGAGCCUAUACAUCAGCACACAGAAAACCAAUUUGAAGAGGAAGAUGGAUCCUUCUCUCCACAGCUAAUGCAUGGCAAUGAAGAUGAAGAUGCAAUUGAUCCUGAAGAGGACAAAGCUGAGCUGGACCGAAAACAUGAAGCUGUAGUUUUGGAGCAUCAAAGGAAAGUUCAGGAAGCCAUGAAAGCAAAGGCAAGUGUACCUGAUGAGAUGGAGAUGAAGGCCAUAAAAACGAUGGGUGCUAUGGAGGAAGGAGAUGUAGUAUUUAGUGUUGAUCCAGAAGGAUCGAUGGUGUACUGGUGGCACGACAAGUAUGGACCAAGAAAGCCCAAGUACUUCAAUCGGGUGCACACUGGAUAUGAAUGGAGUAAAUACAACCAGACUCAUUAUGACCAUGAUAACCCACCGCCUAAAAUUGUUCAAGGCUACAAGUUCAAUAUAUUUUACCCUGAUCUUGUGGAUAAAUCAAAAGCACCAAACUCUCAGCUCCGCAAGCGGGAGAAGAAAAAGAUGUGGCCACGAUUUUGGGGAUCCUUUUCGUGGCCAGGCACGCCUCUGUUGAUGUGGAUAAGUAUCCAAGCAAGGGAACAAAGCAGUACGUAG